AUGCGCGCAGAGAGGGUCGCGGACAGCGGGGGGAGGGAGGCGGGGCGGUCGCUGCUACGGCACGCGAGCGGGGGCGGUGUUGCCAGUCUGUGCGGCGCCGCUGCCGCGGCCGAGCUGCAGCCGGGAGCCCGGUUCGAGUACUGGCUCGAGAGCGGGCCGAAGGGGCGCGGGUGGUACGCAGGCACGGUGGCGGAGAAGAACCAAGAGGCCGGCUGGUGGGGCGCCCGCUUUGACGACGCGAGGCGGCGCGGGUUCUGUGUCCUGAUGACGGCCGCCAACUACGGGACCGCCUGGCGGUCGACCACGGCGCCGCCGCCGGCCGGCGCCGAGCUGCUCGAGGAGGAGCAGCUGCGGUCGGCAUUCGCUCCCGCGUCGGCGUCCUUCUCUCCGGGCUCGUCUGCCGCAGCCCUCAAGGCGCGGCCGCUGGCUCCUCGUCACGCGAAGCUGCUGGGCGGAGACCUCCUCCUCGUCACGGGCGGGCCAGCAAAGACCAUCAAGUUCUACUUUGGCCUCGCGCUCGGCCUGCAGCCGCUCUCGACGGGCUGGGCUCGCCGCUGCCUCGCGAAGGGUUGCUACCUCCGCCCGUCAGCCGCCGACGAGGCGCUGCGCCUGCCUCCGCUGCUGCCGGCCUGCUCUCUGCUCGCGGGCCGGACGAUCGUCCCGGUCGGAGACGACGGGUGGGUGGCCAACUGUGCGCCGCUCCUCGCCGCCGCGGGCGCCGACGUGCAGACAGAGCUUCCGCGCGUCCACCACUCGGCCAGCGGCGCCGCCGCCGCUCCGUGCGUCGUGAUUGCAGACACGCUCGAGGAGGCGGCGCCGCUGUUUGCGCGAGCGCGCGCGCGGCGGUUGCCGGUCGCUGAUCUGCGCUGGCUCAAGACGAUGCUGAUGCGGCAGAGGACCGAGGCUGAUCGGAUCGCCUGGGCCAGCGUCUGCGCGUGCAUCCAAUACUCUCACUCGUCCCUCAAGAGCCUGAUCCUCUUUGCAUGCGCGCGGCGCCCGUUACCGCCUCCGCCGUCGCUGCGCGCGAGAAUGCGGUCGCGGUAG